GCGGUUUGUGUGUGCAUGCGCGCGUGUGUUUGCGUGUGCCAAGUUUGUGAGAUUCGAAGCCUGCGCGCGCGCGCGUGCUGUACGAGUACUUGACACGCGAUCAGUACUUUCCGUGUGUUUGUCUCCCUCCUCUCCUCUCCGCGCAGCAGCAGCGGCCGCUGAGGUGGGCGUGCGGACCCUCUGACCCUCUCUCGCCCACUCUUCCUCCGUCUCUCCCUCUUCGCAGCAGCGACAGGGGGGCUAUGGAUGGACUGCGUUUACCUCCACUCAUAGAGGAGGCUUUGGACUCCACAGAUGACCCCUGUGAUCUGAAAGCCGAGAGCAGCCCCAAUAUGGACAACGAGAUAACCGCCAAGGAGCGAGGAGUCCUGGAGGAGAACAACGAGAAAGAGGAGAUGGACCAGGAGAGAUCUCAGGAGGAAGAGGGGGAAGAAAAGAAACUGAAAGAGGAGGAAGGUGAAGGGGAGGAGAAGAGGAAGAAGGAGCAAGAGUCGCUGACUGAGGAGCAGGAGCUGGAGGAGCUCAGGGCGCAGGUGCUGCAGCUGCUGCUGGAGCUGGAGGAGGCCAGAGAGACCUCCAACAAACAUCAGGAGAGCUUCCACGAGCUGCAAGGUCUGUUGGAGGAUGAGCGUCUGGCAAGUGCCCAUCAGGCUGAGGCAUUCACACGGCAGAUCCAGAAUCUGCAAGCCCAGCUGCGCUCUGUGCAGGAGGAGAUGUACAGCCUGGAGGAGGAGAAGGAGAGCGAGCUGGCCGAGGCCCAGGAGGAGCUGCGCACGGCUCAGGAGGAGGUGCUCCUGCUCCAACAGGCCGCUGAGGAGGCAGCGGCGGAGAGGGAGAACGACAUCGCCUCACUGCAGGAAGAGCUGUGUCGCCGGCGGGCCGAGCUCCAGCGCCUAAGUGAAGAAACCCAGGAGUACGAGCUGGAGAUAACCACGCUCAGGGCCGAAAUCAGCAUGAAGAGCCAGCGCAGGGAGGCCGAGAGGAGAGAGGGUGACGUUGACCUGCUAAAGGAGGAGUGCCGUAUGCUGAGGGAGGAGUGUCAGACCCUGAAGGAGGACAACAGACGGCUCUCCGAGAGGCUGCAGCUGCUGCAAAGACAGAGGACAUGCUCUAGCGUCUACCUGUCGCUGAAAGAGGAAGACGCGGGGGAGGGCACAGAGGGAAAGGAGAUGGAGACCGGCUCAGAUGAGGUCAUGACAGAGAGCUACAUGACCAUGGCCCAGUCUGAGAACUGUCGUCUGGUGGACGCCUCCAUCCAGAAGAACAUCUCAUUCGAUGGGAAGCCGAUGACGCCGACGAGCUGGACCGGAGGGAUCGGGGAGAUCUUCUCGCUGAGAGACCAGCUGAAACAGGCUGAGGAGAAGGCCUCACAAGUUCAGAGAGAGUGUGAGGGUCUGAAGAUGGAGCUGCAGGAGUUGCAGGUACUGUAUGACAGCAGUCAGAGGGAGAGGGCAGAGCUGGAGGAGGAGCUGCAGCGCUGCAAGGCAGAGCUGGAGAAGCUGUCGGGGGGGACGCAGGGGAGUGAGGUAGGUUGGAGCUCCAUUGUGACUAUCACUGCAGCCACAGCUGUGCUUCUAGUGAUGACUAGCUUAUUGAGAGCUCUCGUCCGAUUCUGACUGGAUGGGUAACAACCGCACGGGACGGACGUCUGCUUCAGACCAGCCCUCACGUCUCCUGCCAUGUCUAUAUCGAGUCACCUGGAAUGAUCUAAAUGUGAUAGAAGUGACAACUUUGUAGUAGAAACACCUACGGGAAACCUUUAUCUCUAACGAGACGGUACUACAUGCACGCACAGGCUGAGAAAGAUGCGCCCGGCAUCACUCAAGGCUGAAGACGACAAUGAGCUGACCUGCAGACAGUGCACACAAGGACUGUCCUUUAAAUGUAUGCUAGUGCUGUGUCAUUCCUCUUCUGUGUCAGUGAAUAUGAUUUUUUUUUUCUCUUUUAACAAUGUGACAAAUUAUGUUUUUCAGUAGGAUGUACUAAAUUGGUUUUAGUUUAUUUAACCAUUAUUUAUUUAUUUACUAUUUAAACUGUUGUUAAUAGGUGUCUCUGAUCAUAAGGACAAGCAUUUGAUUUGGAGUAAUGCGCUGAAACCCCCAAAAGUGUACAUAGCAGAAAGAAUUGUUAACAAUCAGUUACUGACCCCCCACCCACCCGCCAAAAAAACAAUGCAAUAUAUGCAUGAACAAAAGUUAACAAGUCUUCAUGAAUUAGCAGUCUAUCAUAUCUAUUAUUGUGUUAUUUUGCCCUUAAGUUAGAUAUUAGACAGCCUUCAUUACAAAGUCUGCAAGCAUGAGAAGGCUGAUUGUGGUCAGCCCCUCUUCACAUUCCCCUUAAUUUAUCAAUGAACCAACACACCAGGAGGUUAAUGCAGAGCCACUUCACUUUGAAAUACCCCAACAAUAUGAUUUCUUGUUAUGUACCAACAUAAUAAAGCAGCGUUAGGAGCAAAUCCUGGUGGGGAGGGUCUAUGUAGUCAUUGUUUCGUAUACUUUAAGCUAAUGCUAAUGUCAUUGUGAAGGAAUUCAUGUUCGUUUUCCUCUGUAAGGCUUUAAACUGGCUUUUGAGUGUUUUGUUAGUGAUUUUUUUAGGCGACUGCAGAUUGUUCAAGGUACACAGUGUGAGAAUGUCGACCUUCAGCUUUACCUACUACAUGCUUUAUGGGGGGAAAAACCCCUGCAGGUCUGAUUACUACCAGUUGAUAUCCAGAUAUUGACAGAUUAUAACACUGAUGCAGUGAAAUGAGCGAGCACAGCUAUUUCCGAAGGCAUUACAGACGCAGUUAUGGGUCCAAAAUAUGUAAAUAAGAAAGUGUCAGAACGAGUUAGGCUAAGCAUCAGUUAGGAAAAACUUAUGUAUCUAUGGCAGGACUCUGUUUACAUUUGUGAUAUAUGUUAUUUUCUUGGUGAAAAAUCUUUUAGAACUGAAAACGGCAUGCUAGAAAAACAUAGAAGCACAAAUAUAUAAUUUAUGUUGUUUAUGUGGAUUCUUUGUAUUUCAUGUAUAUAGAUGUGACAUAUAGUACUAUGGGAGAGAUAUUUCUUAAAUCCAUUUGUACUAGCUUUGUAGAAAGUCUACUCUAUUUUGAAAGAGCAUCGUAUAUUUGAUAGCCGAAAUAUAUGUCAUUUUAAUGUUCAUUAUUUAUGGUGAUGUCAUUCAGGAGGAUUGAUAGCAUCGCUUACCAUUUUCAGUACCUCCGUGUCUAGAGGUAGUGUAGCCGUUGCAUGCGUUUAGAUUGCAGUUGACCGUAGGUGCCAGAAAGUGCAACUCCUGUUUCUUAAAACCUGUUGAGUUUCUGAAACGUAUUGGAAGUUUUUUCUGAAGCCUCAACCUUCAUUAGCAAUGCCUGACAAGUUUUAUUUCUGCAUAUGCACAAGAAAACAGAAAAUGUGCCGCUGGACUGCAAAUGUUGUCAGUGUCUGUUGGAUCAAUCGUACAAUAGAAAUGGAAUUCCCAUUACUUGCAUUAGUAUAGAAUACUGUCUGAUUUGAUUCAUGUGUCACUCACUCUGAGUUUCCUUCAUGAAUACUGACUUUUAUCAUAGUUUCACGAGCUUCUGUAACUGCAGUGUUUCUCGGCUUACUGCUUUACAUUUGGAUAGCAUUGUUGUUUUCAAUAUAGUUGUGGCUAUUUUGUUACACGGAGGUCUAUUUUGCACUGUACACGACAUGAGAAAAUAAAUAUACCCGACCCACA